AUGUACCUCCCACGCAAUCUGAUCUCCCACCUCUACCAACAUCUCCAACGGAACAAUCACCCUCUGUCACCCCCUGUCCUAAUCUUAGUCGCACUAGAGCCCGAUGCUCUCUGCGCCUGUCGAAUACUCACAGCGCUCCUCAAACGCGACUACAUACUGCACAAGAUCCAACCCAUCUCCGGCUAUGGGGAUCUUACACAAGCGGGGAGAACCAUGGUGCAGCCCAUGAAGAUACAACAAGGUGGGAGCGGAGGGGUGGUGGUAUGUCUCGGUGUAGGGGGACUCGUCGAUAUGUCAAGUGAACUCGGACUGGACUCGGGUGACCCAGGAGAAGACUUGUCCGGAGGCGUCGAAGUAUGGCUCAUUGACGCGCGACGGCCGUGGAAUCUGGGGAAUGUCUUUGAAGGAGAUCCAACCGCUGUUGCUCUCCGAGAGAUCAGCGGCGAUGCUGCGGCAAUAAAUCCAGUUGUUGAUAAUGGACGAAUACAACCGUCAUACAAGCCUGGCCGAGGCGGAAUUAUAGUGUAUGAUGAUGGAGAUAUUGAUGAAGAGUUGGGUGCUGAGCGAGAGGCUUACUGCGAACUCACCAGGAUGCAAGGCGUAGAGGAUUAUGGCGAGGACUCUGGUGACUCAGGCGACGAGAGCGAUGUAGUAGAUUCAAUCGAGGGUGGGCAGCGCUCAAGGAAGCGUAAGUCUUGGUCGGACCGAGAUGAGGAGGACGAGGAGAGUCAAGAUGAGAACAGAAGACCUCGUCAAAGGCCGAGAAGUAACUCUAGUGGCUCCAUAUCUAAAUCACCCGGUCGUCACCGCCAAGAGAGCUCAAGAACUGUACGAGGCUCCUCCGAAACGUCACCUCUCCCUCCAUUGCAAGCUUCGUCGCCAGGACCACCGAAAGGACCAACGAUAGGAUCACUGCGUCGAAAGCUCCUCCGUGAUCGUCGAAAGUACACUGCCACUCUCGAGAAGUAUUAUUCGGGUGGUGCGACCUACUCAGAGCCCAUCUCAUCAAUUCUCUACUCCCUGGCUGAGGAUCUUGGCCGCGAAGAUAACGAUCUCCUAUGGCAUGCCAUUGUUGGGGUCAGCUCGCUGGAACUAUACGGGCGAAGCAUGACUGGGGUUGGAAUAUCGACCUCUCUAGAUGCUGGUGGCUCAGCGGGCUGGGGAGGCGAACGAGGGGAACGAAUACGGCAAGUACUACGAGACGAAGUCCGCCGAUUGAAUCCGCCAGAUCCUAGCGAAGCAUCUCGAGAGAAUGGUCGCGGAGAGAGUUCAGGCGUCAUACCCACCACAGCUCGCUCACCCACCGAUACUUCAAUCCGACUAUCUCCUGAACCCCGUUUCCUCAUGAUCAGACAUUGGUCGUUAUAUGACAGCAUGCUUCAUUCUCCCUAUUUAGCUUCUCGGUUGCACAUAUGGAGCGAUGUUGGUAGAAAAAGACUGCAUAAGCUUCUGGCCAAAAUGGGAGUCAGUCUGAGUCAAUGCAAACAGAGCUACACGCACAUGGAUAUGGACCUCAAGCGAGGCUUACGGGAGAGGUUACUAACCUAUGCUCCCUUGUAUGGACUAGAUGGCUUAGUACCGCCAAGAGCUAGCACUGGUCGUGGAAGAGAAGGCUGGGGUUUCGUAAGAAGCUGGGGCUGGAAAGCAUGCUUAAGUGCACAAGACGUCGGCGUAAUAGUUGGAGCGAUCCUUGAGGUGGGAAAGUCUGGCGUUGCAGCAGGCGAUUCGUCGAGGAACUGGGACCGUGGAAGGGGUGAGCAGAAAGAGCUGGUGGAUGAAGAUGGCAAAGCAGAGGGUGAAGAGUGGGUGCGGAGGUUCUGGGAGGCGUAUGAUGCUCUUGAAAACAUCGAAGCACUCAAACACGCACUUCCCACUGCCCAGCAUCUCCAUAAAGCUAUCCUCCGCACCGGCACCUCCCUCAUCGAAAAGCGCCAAAUUCGCCAUCUACGCGCUUUCCGAAUGGCUGUCGUCAAAGAGGGCCCCGAUGUCCAGAUGUUCACCCAUCCAGCAGCUCUAACCAAACUCGCCCUCUGGGUUGGCGAAGCUAUUGCCGAACAGGAGCGAGAUCAACGCGGCAAGAUAAGGAAAGAUGGCUGGGGCACUCCCCUCGUCUUGGCUAGUCUCAACGAGGCCAGGGGCGUAUUCGUGGUCGUCGGCACAGGGGGAGGUGGCGGCGUAGUCGACUUCGCAGCUCGAGCUAAGCGAAAAUCGAGGUUGGAGGAGAAAGCAAUGGCUCGAGCCGCUAAGCUCGCCGAGAAGGAGCGGAAACGGCAGGAGAGAGAGGAGAGGGAAGAAAACGACGGCGAGCAAGAAAGCGAAGAAGAGGAUGACGACGAGGAUGAAAGCGAUGACGAUGAUGAUGACGAUGCUGGGAAUGGUUAUGGGAAGAACCGAUUUGGUAAUGCGUUUGAGGAAGUUGCCCAAGAGACCAAUGCCAGAGUCAGGAUUGACAGCUUCGAGCAUUGCGUUGUCGAGGUCAAGAAGGAGGAUCUGGGUGGCUUUCUGGAAAAUUUGAGCGUGAAAGCUGUGGUUGGCUGA